AUGUCUGUCGAAACUAAACAACCAGCGUACACACUAGUUUUCGACCCUUCUACUGGUGGUGAGAGUUACACCGUCAGUGAAUUGCAAAAGGCCUUGGAGAAAGGUUCUGAAGAUGAGAAAGUUGCGGCCAUGAAGCAUAUCUUGGUAAUGAUGUUAGAUGGUAACCCAUUACCAGAAUUGUUGAUGCAUAUUAUCAGAUUUGUUAUGCCUUCCAAGAAUAAGAAAUUAAAGAAAUUGUUAUAUUUUUACUGGGAGAUUGUCCCAAAGAUGGAUGAAGAAGGUAAAUUAAGACACGAAAUGAUUUUAGUUUGUAAUGCUAUUCAACACGAUUUGCAACAUCCAAACGAAUAUAUUAGAGGUAAUACUUUGCGUUUCCUAACUAAGUUAAAUGAACCAGAACUGUUAGAACAAAUGGUCCCAUCUGUUUUAACAUGUUUAGAAUAUCGUCAUGCCUAUGUUCGUAAGUAUGCUAUCUUGGCUGUGCAAUCGAUCUACAAUGUUAGCGAGCAUUUGAUUCCUGAUGCUAAGGAUAUUGUCUAUAAAUUCCUAGAAGAUGAAAUGGACCCUAUCUGUAAGAGAAAUGCCUUUGUUGGUGUUGCUGAAUUGGAUCGUGAAUCUGCUUUGAAAUACUUGGAAGAAAAUAUUGUGAACAUUGAGAAGAUCGAUCCUUUGUUACAAUCUGUUUUUGUUGAAUUCAUUAGAAAAGAUGCAAACCUUACUCCAUCAUUAAAGGAUCAAUAUGUUGCUUUAUUAUUGGAAUUGUUGAACGCAACUACCUACGAUGAUGUUGUAUUGGAAACCGCACUAGCUCUAACCCUUCUUACCCCAAAUACUACCAUAUUGAAUGCAAGUGUAUCCAAGUUGACUGAUUUGGCUGACAGAGUUUCAGACAAUAACGUUAAAUUGAUUGUGUUGGAUAGAGUGCAAGAUAUCAACAACAACAACCCAGGGACCUUAGAAGAGAGAACUCUAGACAUUUUGCGUUUAUUGAACUCAGAAGAUUUAGAUGUUCGUUCAAAGGCUCUGGAUAUUUCUCUAGACUUGAUAUCUUCGAGAAAUGCAGAAGAUGUCAUUCAAUUAUUGAAGAAAGAAUUGCAAAUUACCGUUACCAACAACGAAAAAGAAAACGCCAUGAAGUAUAGACAGCUAUUAAUUAAGGCAAUUCGUUCCAUUGCUAUCAAAUUUUCUGAAAUGGCCGAAAGUGUGAUAUCUUUACUAUUGGAAUUUAUCAGUGAAUUGAACUCUGUUGCUACAUGUGGUGUCAUUUCUUUUGUGAAGGAUGUCAUUGAAAAAUACCCACAACAGAGAUCUGUCAUCCUAACCCAAUUGGUUAGUGCUUUAGAUAACAUUAAGUCUGCUAAAGCCUACCGUGGAGCUCUAUGGAUAUUGGGUGAAUAUUCGGAAUCUUCUUCAGAAAUCCAAGCAUCCUGGAAGCAUCUACGUACCAGUAUGGGUGAAGUUCCAAUCGUUCAAUCGGAGAUGAGAAAAUUAAACAAGAAUGACGAGGACAAUGGAGAAGAAACUAAAGAUGAAGAAGCUGCAAAACCGUCCGGUCCAGUUAUUCUUCCAGAUGGUACAUAUGCCACCGAAAGUGCAUUUGGUAAUGAAGAUAUUUCAAAGAAGGUGUCUAAUUCAGAAAAGGAAGAAAGACCACCAUUACGUCGUUUCAUAUUGGGCGGUGAUUUUUAUACAGCUGCAAUUCUGGCAUCAACUAUUGUAAAACUGGUCUUGAAGUUUGAUAAAGUAUCUAAGGACAAACAUGUUAUGAAUGCCUUGAAGUCUGAAGGUUUAUUAAUUUUGGUCAGUAUUAUCAGAGUUGGUCAGAGUUCAUUGGUCGAACGUAAAAUCGACGAAGACUCUGCGGAUAGAAUAAUGACUACUAUCUCUAUUCUAAUGGAUGAGAAUGAUCCAAAUGAAAAGUCUAGUGAAAGAAGUUUGUUGGAUCUUGCCUUCAUCGAAGCCACAAGGGAAUCUUUCAAAAACCAAUUAUCCCUAUCUAAGCGUGCUAAUCUGAGAAGAUCUGUUAAAGAUGUUGUCAAGAAUGCAGACACCAUUGAGACCGCUAUUUCUUUCAGACAAUUUGCUCACUCAAAUGUUGGUGCUAUUGAAAAGGAUACCGUUGAAGAAGAUUUGAAUCAAGCCAUUCAUGGUGAUGCUUCAGAUUUCGCUGCUAAACAAACAUCUUCCAGAUUAAAGAAGAUUGUCCCAUUGACUGGUUUCUCCGAUCCAGUAUAUGCUGAGGCUUAUAUUACAAACAAUCAAUUCGAUGUUGUAUUGGAAGUCUUGUUGGUUAAUCAAACUAAAGACACUUUAAAGAACCUACACGUUCAAUUUGCAACUCUUGGUGAUCUGAAGAUUAUUGAUAAUCCUCCAAGCACCAAUAUCGUUCCUCACGGUUUCCACAGAAUUACCAUUACCGUCAAGGUUUCUUCAGCAGAUACCGGUGUCAUUUUUGGUAACAUUAUAUACGAUGGUGGCCACGGUGAAGAUGCCAGAUAUGUUAUUUUAAAUGAUGUUCAUAUUGAUAUCAUGGACUAUAUCAAGCCAUCUGUUACUAGUGAUGAGCGUUUCCGUACGAUGUGGAAUGAAUUCGAAUGGGAAAACAAGAUUUCUGUAAAGUCUGAUCUUCCAUCUCUACAUGCAUACUUAGAAGAAUUGACUAAAGGUACAAACAUGGGUGUUUUGACACCACAAGAAUCAUUGGGUGAAGACGACUGUAGAUUCCUAAGUUGUAAUCUAUAUGCCAAAUCUUCCUUUGGGGAAGAUGCUUUAGCCAACUUAUGUAUCGAAUUGGAUAGCAACACACAUCAAGUCAUUGGUUACGUUAGAAUUCGUUCUAAAGGUCAAGGUCUGGCCCUUUCCUUAGGUGAUAGGGUUGCAUUGAUUGCUAAGCAAAGUAACAAGAUCGAAUUAAGUCGUAUUUAA